CAGGACAGCAGUACCUCUGUCGUUCAAAAACAACAAAGGCUGAAAUUCAGAGGAACUACAAAUCCCAUAAGGUGUUGCAUGUCUAGGGCCUUUGGAGAACGAGGUCGGCCCCGGCGCAGGCGCGGUGGCGCGAGUUGGACUGUGAAGAAACAUGGCGGCCGCGACGUUGACUUCGAAAUUGUACUCCCUGCUGUUCCGCAGGACCUCCACCUUCGCCCUCACCAUCGUCGUGGGCGUCGUGUUCUUCGAGCGCGCCUUCGAUCAAGGAGCGGACGCUAUCUACGACCACAUCAACGAGGGGAAGCUGUGGAAACACAUCAAGCACAAGUAUGAGAACAAGUAGUUCAUUGGAGGCCCCCAACCAGGCCAGAAGGACCAGGUUCACCCAGCAGCUGUUUCCCCAGAGCUGGAGCCUCAGCUUGAAGAUGAUGCUCAAGUUACUCUUCAUGGACCACCGUUCGCUGUUGGCAAGAAACAGCUUUACUUAUAAAACAGACUCUUUACCUUCUGCUGUUUGAAGUAUGUUUAGUCAGCAUGCUCAGGAAAUAAAUGUGAAUUGCCCUUGAGACCUGCUUCUGCAUUGGUUGCUUUGUUAACUCUACCUGAUCUUCACUUGUCAGUAAUUUGAGACCACUUCAAAGCCCUCUGCAAACACCCCAAGGGCAGAGUCUGCUAUUUUGAGUUUUCCAUUAACUUCCAAAGAAUUCCGGUUUUCAAAACAGGAGCCAGAGUUGGGGAUAUUACAGUCAACUUUGGCUUCCAAGCCAGUAAUUCCAUUCUUAAAUAACUCACUGUCUUGGCCAUGGGGAAGCACUGUGGCCUCAGCUGGGGGAGAGACCCUGGCCUGGGAGUCUUAGCCACUCCCCACCCUAGGGUCUAGUUCAGGGGUAUUCAAUCUUUUGGCUUCCCUGGGCCACGUUAGAAGAAUUGUCUUGGGUCACACAAAAUACAGUAACGAUAGCUGAUGAGCUAAAACAAAAAACAAUGGUUUGUGCAAAAAUCUCAUAAUGUUUUAAUAAAGUUGAAGAAUU